GAAAGCGGUAUAUAAAGACCUCAGCUGUGGGUUUGUCAUAAGUACCAUUGCAAUUGCACGAUGUGGCAACUGAUGAUCGCCAUCUCCCUGCUCGGAAAUCUCUCUCGGGUUCGAGCUUCCUGUACUUACCCGUAUGUGACAGUGGGAGAAAAGUGCCUCUUCUUUGCAACAAUGGCUGAGGUGCCACACAGUGAGGCUCGUCAGAUGUGCCACUCAAUGGAUGGAGAGCUGGCAGCGCUUUUGACUCCCACUCAGUUCAAGGACUUUGUGGAUUAUAUUAAGGAUAACGGAUUUUCUGGCCAUCGCUUCUGGCUCGACGGCUCAGACGCGGCGGCGGAGGGCCUCUGGCAGACGUCCGCCGGGCACCCGCUCCCCAUGGGCACUCCCUUCUGGGCAACGUUCUACGGUAACUCGGAGCCAAAUAACAAAGGGAACGAAGACUGCUUGGAAGUAUUUCCUACAUAUUUUAAUUACAUGAAUGACGUCAGCUGUGAUACGAUCCGAACACCUGUAUGUGAGAAGAGCGUGGCAUCCGCUUCUAGGAACGCGACGGCGCCCAAGGACUGUCCCAUGCCCUAUGUGGAGCUCGCCGGCCUGUGCCUGGCCUUCGUCACGUGGGCGGACCAAGGCUGGGCCGAGGCGCGCCAGACGUGUCAUGGGCUGUCAGGGGAGCUGGCAGCCAUCACUGACAUCGAGCAGCUGAGGGCAGUCUACCUGUACCUGCACCAGGAGUCCAUUGCUGGCCACAGCUUCUGGCUCGGGGGAUCCGACGGCGAGGAGGAAGGCAGCUGGACGUGGACGGGCGGUGCGGCCGUCGACAUGGGAACUCCCUUCUGGGGGUUCAUAGGGAGCGCCGAGGGCCAGGAGCCAAAAGGAGGAGCAGCCGAGAACUGCUUGUGUCUCGACGCUCGCGCCGGCCACUUCUUCUUCGACGCGCGGUGCGGGGCGUCGCUGAAUCCCCUGUGUAUGCUGGUACAACAAUAAAGUGGAGGUGGAGACUAUGCACGUUGUUCAGACCGA